UGGACAUGGUCUCCCCGUUAAGUCCAGGGGAAUCUAAGUAUCAGAUGAGUGUUGCAUAAUGAUCACAUAGUUGGGUUAUUAGAGAGCAGAGGAGUAAUAUGCCUCUGGGGCUAAAGACGGGUAAUCUAGGCAACGUUCCACCUUUCAUCCUAAUCAACUUUCCUGGCCCAUGGGAUCUAAGUAAAUUAUUGCGUAGAUGUCAUUUGGUAAGGUAAAUUCAUUGAAUGUAUGGCUUCCAGUUUGGAUAUUACACCAAAACGGAAUAUACUGGUGAGUUUCGGAUUAAUUGCAUUUUGAGGGAACCUAUCCUGGGGAUAUUUUUGGAUGUUUUUUCAACUUUUCGCACAUUACUGGAUCUAUCGGAGAUUUUCAUGUGGAAGCGCAGAGAACUGGAAGUAAGUGAUCACCGUCGAAGGAUAUUUUUCUUUUGACAAGUCCAGUCAGGUUAAAGUCAGUAACACAAGGACCCUACAGGACCUUGCAGCUCAGGGGUAGAAGGUGUUGUUUUUUUUUUACCGUCUGGGGUUGGACCAGCUCUUCAACUCUGGAUACACAUAUUCAUGGAUUAAAAGGUUUAUUCCCAUGGAUGUAAGAAGUACCACUGGUAAAGUACCGUAGCAAAGGCAAUAAUGUUUAUUACCUAGGUGAUGUUGGGCAUUUAAACAUAAGGUUGGGUUUUCAAUGUAUUUGACCUAAAUGGGGGAGUUUGGAUCCUAUGCCCAGAAGAUGCGGCAAGAACCUGGAUCAUCUACUGUACCAUCACUUCAAACGUGUGGAGAUAUUUUUUUCAUAUUAAUGGCCAUGAAGACGGUUGAAGAUCCAGUGUGGAUGUAUGCUCUAGGAUAUAUUCAAUAUGGAUGUAUGGAUGUGGAUCGUAGUAUGGAUAGAUGUAACCUCCAUCCUUAUGGAUUACUCUACUAAACUCUGGAAUUAGCUGUCAGGUUUCAUAUGAGAUGGAAGAAAGGCCAACUGAAGAAACAAGCAAACCAAAUUGAAGACCAGCUGUGAAGUUAAUUUGAAUCGUCUAACACCGCCAUUGCCCCCAGAUGAAAUCGGAAGAUCAAGACAGUGGAUAGCCUCGCUAACAUUCUGGAAUACGCACUAUGAGCAGGAGUUAUUAGAAAAAUAGUGAUGAUCAGAGUCUUUUAAUUGCUUUCAAUCUCACAUUCUAUUUAACAGCAUGGGAAUAGUACUGAUUGGAAUAUUUUUUCUUUUGGUUAAAAGUGAAAGCUAAUUGGACCAUUUUCCCAUACUGGAAGUCAAGACUGACCUAGGUGGAUGUAUAUUCUUAUCGGGCUGAGAAUUUACCGCACACGCUACUCGGAACUAGCAGUGAACUACACUGAAGUUCAACCCAUCUCCUUUUUUUUAUUCACAUCUUUAUUAUAUCCAAAUUAAUCAUGUAUUUUUUACACACACUGAAAUUCAUUAGAGAUUUCCAUAUCUUUGGUUUUGUUUCCCCUUUUCCAUCCAAUGAAGAUGCUAAGUAAUUGUCAAUUGUGGAUUAUACAUCAACGUUUCAGCCUGGUACCCGAUACUGGAAGAUUACAUACAGUACGAUUUUUCCACUUCUGUUUUUUUAUUCGGGCUCUCAAAUCUGACCACCUAGAUUUUAUUUGGAUUAGGUUCAGUAACUUCUUUCAAAAAGAACUUCAGAAACCAGAGAACGUGCGUAUGAUCACAGCCCGUAUGGACACCAUGAACGAAGUGGCACUUUUGAUAGACCGCGCCACUACAACCCUGACUAUUACCGUGAUCGUACUAUGUUCGCUGCCACCGGCCCUGGGAGCAGUGCUAUGGGUCCUGGCUUUGAGGCAACGGAUCCGCAUUUUGAGUCUAGGAUCCGAGACCCGUUCACGCUCACCAGCACGGCACGGCGGGACCUUUACAGAGAUGACAGAGGCCGACGGGUGGACAGGACUUACCAUCACCGUCGCAGCAGAUCCUCUCAUUCGUCGCAGUCGAGGCACCCUUCCCCACAGCGGAGCACGGGACAGGCCCCGAAAGCCCCUCACUCACCCAAACGAGCUCCCCUGUCUCCUGGGAGAGGACCCCAUUCUCGGUCCAGGAGCCGAUCGUCGAGCUCUGAUUCGGUCAGCAGCACCAGCAGCACAGGCAGUGGCAGCAGCGACUCAAACAGCAGCUCAAGUGACGGUUCACGUGCACGUUCUGUUCAGUCGUCUGCAGCCCAUGCUCCUCCUCAGUCUUCUAUGGGUCUAGAUUCAGAAGAGCCUCGUAGAAGCUUUGGAAUCAAAGUGCAAAACCUGCCAGUGCGCUCCACAGAUACAAGCUUAAAAGAUGGACUCUUCCAUGAGUUCAAGAAGCAUGGAAAAGUGACAUCGGUGCAGAUCCAUGGAGCCACUGAAGACCGAUAUGGACUAGUUUUCUUCAGACAGCAGGAGGAUCAAGAGAAAGCCCUUACUGUAUCCAAAGGAAAGCUCUUCUUUGGCAUGCUCAUUGAGGUCACUGCCUGGAAUGGGCCUGAAACAGAGAGUGAAAACGAGUUUAGGCCUUUAGAUGGACGGAUUGAUGAGUUCCACCCGAAGGCAACAAGGACCCUGUUCAUCGGCAAUUUAGAAAAGACCACUAGUUAUCAACAACUGCUGGACAUAUUUCAACGCUUUGGUGAAAUUGUGGACAUAGACAUAAAAAAAGUUAACGGGGUGCCUCAGUAUGCCUUUGUCCAGUAUUCCGACAUUGCCAGUGUGUGUAAAGCUAUCAAGAAGAUGGAUGGAGAAUAUCUGGGAAGCAACAGGCUCAAGCUUGGCUUUGGGAAGAGUAUGCCCACCACAUGUGUCUGGCUCGAUGGUCUGGCCUCAAACAUCACAGAGCAGUACUUGACAAGGCAUUUCUGUCGCUACGGACAUGUCGUUAAGGUGUUGUUUGAUCGAUUGAAAGGGAUGGCCCUUAUCUUGUAUAACAACACAGACUUUGCCCAAGCUGCUGUUAGAGAGACCAAAGGCUGGAAGAUUGGUGGUAAUAAAAUAAAGGUUGAUUUUGCCAGUCAAGAGAGUCAGAUGGCUUUCUAUCGGUCAAUGCAGUCCUCGGGGCAAGAUAUCAGAGACUUCUACGAAAUUCCACCCGAGCGACGGGAGGAACGCAGACCUCCCUAUCAUGAGUUCACAGCAGAGAGGGCUUACUAUGAGAGUGUGCGGACACCUGGUCUCUAUCCCGAAGAUGCUCGCCGGGAAUACCCCGCUCGUAGCCGAGAGCGUUUCCCAGACCUGGAACACUUCCCGGGCGAGCCCUUUGACCCUCGCUUCCACGAAGACCCCAGGGAAUACCGGGACUUUAGAGACCCCUUUGAGCAGGACAUCCGGAAAUACACCUACAUUCAAAGAGAGCGAGAGAGGGAGCGUGAGCGCUUUGAGGCAGACCGCGGCAGGUGGAGCCCUUCCCAUCCCCGGCGACCCAUCACACCCACCGUUUCCCCCUCGCCGUCCGAGCGUGCGCACAGAGACUCGGAGCGACGGGUCUACAGCCAGUCCUCAGAGCGUAGCGGCAGCGCCAGCUCCCUCUCGCCGCCACAUUUUGAGAAAUCGGACAAGACCCCAUUGGAGCAUGGCUCCAAGGGAGACAAGACUGAUAAGAAUGCCACAGCGGAUAGGUUAGCCAGCGCUGAGAAGGGCAAGCGUGCCAGAAGAAAAGAUAAAGCGGAAAAAGACAAAGGAGACAAGCCUAAAUCAAGGAAGCCCAAGGCCCAGUCCCCUUGUGACCCUUCACUCGAGGCGGAGCCUGAGGCUGGGUUUGAUGUGACGUCUGAAAGGGGAACAGGAUCAGUGCAAGAUGCCACUGAGCGUCCAAAGUUUAAGGUGGAGAGUGACCCACUCAGUUCAAAUCCUUUGCCAACGGUUACCCCAACUGAAACUAUUAAAAGUGAAAGAACUGAAUUGGCAGUAGGCGAUUCAGAUGGAGAUGGGAAGAGUCGAGGCAAAAAACACAUAAAAUCCGAAAGUGUCAAUGAUGUGAAAGAAUUAUCAGUAGAUUCAGAUCGCUUGGCCGCAAGAAAGCGACGCUUUGCUGAUGCCAGCGGGAGGCCCAUUAGACAUAAGAGGAGUAGGCUAGACGACGAAGAUGGAAAUCACCCAGAUAUUUCAGCUAGUUCUGCAUCUUUAAAAGACAUAGACGGGGAUAAACAACAUAAAGAUUCUGAGCGCAGAGAUUCAAGGAUCAAAAUCGAAAAGCAUGCAUUUCUUGGCAUUCAGAAGGAAGGACAAGAAGAAGCCAGCGGACCGAGGGAACCGUCAGAGGCACUUGUGGAUGUACUGGACUCGAAGCAACACCAAGGGCAUAAUGCAUCCAGGAGGUUCUCACACGAGGGUCAUAUGGACCAAGGAAGCACCAGAGACCCAGAACUUUCAGGUUUCAAAUAUCAAACUGAUGAUGUUGAAAAAGGCACCAAGGACAGGGAAGAGCAUGUAGAUAUUGACCAUUCUCAAAGUUACCGCAAACAAAUGGAGCAAAAUAGGAGGCUCCUCCAGCAGCAGCAACAGCAGGACUUUGACAAAUCGGAUAAACCUGACAGUCCACUAGGAGGUGAAAUGGACGACCUUGACCACCGUAGUCUUGUACACGAAGUUGGUAAACCACCUGAAGACGUCACCGACACUUUCCCUUCGCAUAAAGUUAACAAGAAAAUAGACCAAUUCGACAAUGAUGCAAGUAUUAAGAAGGAGCGUGUUUACAGGGUUUCCCGUCUGAAAACUGAAGAGCCAGAUUGGUCCAACACUGCCUCUCCAGGUUUUCAUCAUUCUCCGCACCAUCCAGAUGAAGCAUCUGUGGAACAGCCUCAACAGAAAGAGCCUAGUAUUAGUGACGAUAAGAUUCACUCAGACCUAGAGUUAUCACUCAAGCAGACUCAUACCACGCCGAUACCACAUAAGCCCAACACCCCUUCCCUCAGUAUUGAAGAAGAGCAACAAAAGCGAUGGGAGAGCAGAGUCAAGCAGGACAUAUUACCUGAUUUGAACUUCUCUAGAAGUAUAAGUAAAAACAUUCACAACCGAAAACGCGAGGAUGGUGUCUGGCAUGACUUGGAACCUGGGGAAGUGCGGUCAGAUUCUGAAGAGGAUAAAGAGCACAAACCCCAUUCUCCUAUGCCAUCACCGUCAAUGCCAUUUUCUGAAAGGCUGAGGGUUGACAGAAUUUCAGAUCCCAAAGUAGCUAAUCUUGAAAGGAAUAAGUUCUACUCAUUUUCAAAGACGAUAACAUCAGACACACAAGCUCUUUUGGAUCGUGCAAAAUCCCUGUCUUCGUCUAGAGAUGAAAACUGGUCCUUCCUGGACUAUGAAUCCACCUUGGCUGGUUUACCCACCAGAAAGGAUACUGAAAAAGUAGAAUCAACACCCCUGCCUAAACCCUUAUGGUAUAUGAAAAAGAAAAAGAUUCGUAGUGGCUCUGAAGACAAACUAGAUGAUAGGAAGGAGGAGCCGAAACCAGAACAAGAACGCAGGGAACUGUUUGCCUCACGUUUCCUUCACAGCUCAAUCUUUGAGCAGGACUCCAGAAGACUUAAACACCUGGAACGUAAGCACGAGGAACCUGAGCAUGGUUUAAAUGCACAAGCUGCACAGCAGGGAACUCCGGAUGAUUCUGAGCCAGCAGUCCUUUUCCGUAGUCGUUUUUUGGAGCUCACAAGAUCACAACAGAAAGGGAAAGAACAAACUCAACCAGUAGUGAAGGAGGAAGAGAAUGUCCAAAAAGAGCCUAAAAUUGAAAAAGCACCCGAACCACAGCCACAAGCUUUGCCUUCUCCCAAAAUGUCUGAACCUGCUGUGGAGCCAGAGAUAAAACCCAUUAGCCCUACUGAGCCACGUCCUCUGCCUAUUAUUAUUUCCCAGUCUACACCCAAUGAAAUAUCUCCAAUAGAGGAGAAAUGUGUUGUGGUUAGUCCCCCUUUAGAGCCGUCAGCCCCUCUAUCUUUAAUUAAAGAAGAGAAGGAAAAUCUUGAGCCCACACACCAUACACCAACAGAGUUCCCAAAAGAUGCAAAUAUUCAGAUUCCAGCCAUUCUAGAGUCCAGUCAUCCAGUGCAGAAGGUCAAGCCAUCACCCCAAGAAAAAGCUGAUAUCAUUGGAGAUGUACAACCUCAGUGUAUGGAACAACCAUCUAAUAGUGAUGCUCAAGAAGAGUUUGUUAGCUGUUCUGAGCCAGAGAUGGAUCUCGAAACCUCACAGAUGGAUAUGUCUGACGCCAUAAGUCCAAGAGUACCGACCCUUGUAGAGGAUAUGUUUGUAUCGAAUGAAGUGGCUCCUCAAUGUCUUAAAACCGAUGACACGGAAAACACAUUUCCAGUAAAUAAGAUGGUGUUACCUGAUACUGAUGAACAUGAGGAACCGACAUCUCCACCUCAGAAAGAACAGAGAGGAAGAGAAUUAAAGAGUAGAAAACAUAAACAAUCUCCUGUUCAUGUUUCUCCAGUUGCUGCCUCCUCUGCUUCAAAUAGUGAAAAACUAGCAACGCGGAAGAGUGAGCGAAUUGACAAGGAGAAACUGAAACGUGGGUCCUCACCAAGAGGUGACUCCUCUAAAAGCGGUUCAGAGCUCAAGUCCAGUGCCAAGUCUCCCAUUUCUGCCACAGAUUCUGAUAGCGUCCCAGACCAUCCACCGAGCAGAACUAGAGUGCGCAGAAAUGUGAAAUCGGUUUAUGCCACUCCUGUCGAAGAUGAUGCUUCAGUGCGAACCGGAAAGGAAAUACCUGAAUCUCCACGCUCUGGACGUAAGCGGGCUGGGGAUAAAGAUGCAACUAUACAGCAUAAUGCAGAACAGGAGUCAAAACAGGAAACGGUAAACCGGAAUGUGCAAGGCCUCUCCAAACGAGGUCGUCCUCGUAAGCAAACAGAAGAUGGUUCAGCGUCAAAGGGUGAUCGGUCAAAAAGCGAUGCUAAAGAAAAUGACUCAAAUGAAUCUGAAAGCGGCGAGAAAAUCCCCAAAAUGACAAAAGGUAAACAUUCUCCGUCCAGCACAAAGUGUUCAAGUCAAGUAUCCAUGGUGUCAACGGAAUCCAAAGAAAGUAGGAAGGAGGAGAAAACCAUGCUGCCUGAAGAACAUCAGGAAAUUGAAUCCAUGGAUGAAGAACCCUUGGCUCUGGAGGAAUCAAGUCCACUUAAAGAUCCUUUGAAGGUUAACCCCAAAAAGGAGGACCAAGACCAACAAGGUGCAGAAAAUUCUGAAAGACCAGUAUGUAAAGACGAAAAUGCAGUGGACAAGGUCUUAGAAGAAAAAACAAUCAAGAAAAAGUCUGCAUCUCCAGUGUCUGAGGAGAAAGUCCCAUUCGAGAAGGAUAAGGUUGCCAAAGGUAAAACCAAGUUGACACGUGCUCCAAAGUCUCCAGUCCUCAAAAACCUAAAAAUAAGUCUUAAUGUCACUGAGGUAAAAAACUUGUUACAGUUGGGAGAUGAAGAAAAUAGUAAUCAAGAAGAUCCUUCUAAAAAGGCUGAAGGUGAUCAUACUGAUCCACCUUCAGAGCCUAAUAGUUCAAGCAAAGUCCCUGACGAUGGUGAUGGCGACGAAGCUGCCUCAGAAAAGACACCUCAGGAUGCAGCGAAAAGUUUUCUUACUCAAGAGUUAGAAUUGGCCCAGGCGGUGGAAAAUAUCGCUAAACUUACAGGUUCUGCAUUGCCGGCAAAGCCGCCAACUCCACCAAUUGUACCACCUGAAAUCAAAAAUGACCCAGAAGAUCAAAAGCCAUCAAACCCUGCAAGUGAGACCGAACUUAUGGCUGCUAUUGAUUCUAUAACCGCAGAGGAUAUAGCAGCAGCCUUACCUCCAACAGCACCUGUUAUUGAUGCGGAUGUAGAUUCAGAACCAGAGCUGCAAGUCGUUAUUCCACCAGAAAAGGAUGAUGAAACUGAAAUGGAAACAUCUGCUUUGCCUGAAGAAUCCCUUCUGCAUACACCCAAGAAAGGCACAAAGGGAAGACCUAAAACACCUAAACGAUCAAAAGCCCAGAAACCCGUCAAAAAAGAUGCUAAGGAAAGACAAUCGGUACCUGAAGAAUCACCAUGUCCUUCAUCAGACUCUACAGCCUCUAAACUUAAGACUCUUCCUGAAGUGACACCACAAUCACCACCACCACCACCACCACCACCUCCACCACCGUCAUCAGCUACUGCAGCUGUCAUUACUGCCACUACUUGGAAGCCAGAGCCGGAAUCUUCUAUAAACAAGGUGUCGGAAGAUAAAGCAAAGACGGAAUCAUCCUCCAUAGAGCAGCUUCCAGAGCUGAAAUCUGUCUGCCCCCAGUCCAAGAGUCCCAUUGGCCCCAAACCUCCACAGCAGCUACCUGAAAACAUCUCUCCCUCCCUUUCUCCUUCUCCCAGCCGCCCAAAUAUCAGGCCCAUUCAGCCAAAUCGCAUGCCUGUGUCCCCCCCGGAUUGGCAUAACACGCCUAAAGACAUAGCAGUUGCACUUGCACCAGUCUUGCCUGCGACAGCAUUGGUAAACCAUCCAAACCAGUCAUUAACCCCAGAGCCCGAAAACAUGGACACUGACCAUGGCACUAGUGAUUUGCGGCAGAUUCUUAUGAAGCCCAAAAAUAUGCCCCGGCAAGGCAGUUCAACUAUAACUAGUAAUCUACCAACCCCCCGAGACAAACCAUCGGAACCUACCACCCAAUCAAGUGUCAUGCUCAAUAAGUGUCCAUUACCUGAUCAUAGAAUGCUUACCCCAGCUCAACCAGUUGUCAGACAGCCAGCAUCCCUCCUAUCUCCUGAGUCUAAGUCUGUGAUAUCUGUUAUUGCAUCCACUGCCACUUCUGUUAUUAGUCGUGUUUGCAAUCCACCUGAAACUGAGGAGAAGAUUAACAUGACUGCUGGGAAUCCCUGUGCGGACAUAGCCGUCUCCAAGCAAACUUAUAGGCCCAGUAUCGAUGAUGGUGGGUCAUAUCAAGGGCCAUCUGUUGGCGAGGAGGGCGGCAGUGCAGGGCGCUUCAUUGUUGAGAGCACCAAUCUAAGCACUGGAUCCAGCCCAGGCUUGAGAGUUAAUACCUCAGAAGGCGUGGUAGUGUUGAGUCACUCCGGGCAGAAAACAGAGGGGCCGCUGCGGAUAAGUGCGAAAAUCAGCCAGAUCCCGCAAGCAACUGCCGUUGAUAUUGAAUCUCAGCAGUUGGUUUCAAUGCCCCAGAUUAAGCAGGAGUUGUAUAGCCAUUCCCAGACAGGUGCUCAGAAGGGGCAACCAAUAUUGAGUGAACAUGGACAUUCUGGAAAGACGCAGUCCGCCUCUAUCAAACAAGAAAACACCGGUUUGGAAAAGAUGGACUCUGUUUACCAGUCUGGUCCGCAAGGUGUUGUGAAGCGUCUCCCACAAGCGGGUGGUAACCAGCAAGGAAUGAAUUACCAUCAUCCAGAGUAUGUGCUUAUGAAACAUCAAAAGAAAGUGGAAGCCACAGAUUCUCACAGUGCAGAUGGUGCUAAAACCUCUUGGCCCUCUGCCAUAAGUCCGGCAAUUAGUCCACACUUGCCCUCUCCUCCAGGCAAUCAUGUUGGAUUUGUGACCUCUACUUCUGGAGCUCCUUCCCACCUUGGUGGAGCCAAACCUGAACCCAGGUCCCCACGCAACCCUCACUCCCCAUUUCCUAAAGUGUCCUCACCCAUUGGCUCCUCAUCACCCAAAGGCAUUCCGGUCAUGUUGCCUUCUGGCAUUGCGCCAAUGCAGCAGUAUGUGCAUCACCCAGAGCAGUCUGUCAUCAUGCCCCCCCACAGUUCCCACGGGGGAUUAGGAAGGAUGUCUCCUCAUCCGAGUCACGUCAGCAACUCGAUGGCACAUCUUGUUCAAGAUGUCCGGGUCAAUACUCCGCCCCUCUCUGUGAUGAACUUUGGCCUCCAUGGUGAGCCUCAGGGUUCCCCUUGGUCCGGUCCCCUGCAGCAGCGGCCCACCUCCCCACAGGCGGUCAGCCGAGACAUGGUCCUCAAGGUCAACCCUGGCUCGGUCAGGAGCCACGAGGGAGAACAGGAAGAAGCCCGCCGGUUCCUCCAGAUGGCUGGUCGACCGUCUGUGACCCAGCUGAAGGCGGAGUCUAUUCAGGCAGGUUCCUUACGCGGAGGCCUACCGUUGGAUACAUACAUGGCACCGAGGGACAUGCGUGUGCACAUACACCAACAGGGGGAGCGCACAGCCCCAGACCAACACGGUGGACACAUGCAAGACUCUCUGCCCCCUUCUUCCACAUCCUCCAACAUCCCCUUAUCAUUAUCUCCCAGAGCACACGUGUUGAAAGGUGUGUCUGAGAAAGAUGUUGCAAAGUCAUUGGAGUCAAAGAGGCCACACUCUCCUCAUGCAAAGGACUCGGUCAUGGGAAUUCGACCGCCCGGUUCAGCUAUGGCAUCUCCCCAGAGAGUUCAGCUCAUUCCACCAGCAUCUAGUGGUUCUUUCAAUGAGUAUGCAGGAAUGUACACAAACCCAAGAAGCAUCCAUCAGCAGAUGGCAGAGACGUCUCCUGCUGUUCUCAACCAGUCACCGGGGACCAUUAUGCCCGCAAUGGGUACAGACCAACAAGCCAAACAAGACGGCAAGAUGACCCAGCCUGUCAACAUGGUGCAGCUUCUCACGAAAUACCCAAUUGUGUGGCAAGGUCUAUUGGCACUAAAGAACGACACUGCUGCUGUCCAGCUCCAUUUUGUGUGUGGAAACAAGGCGCUGGCUCAUCGAUCAUUGCCACUGCAAGAGGGAGGUGCCUUGCUCCGAAUUGUCCAGAGGAUGAGAUUAGAGGCGUCUCAGCUCGAGAGUGUAGCCAGGAGAAUGACGGGAGACUCUGACUUUUGCCUUCUCCUCGCUCUGCCGUGUGGACGAGACCAAGAGGAUGUUUUGAACCAGACCCAGGCUCUUAAGGCUGCUUUUAUUAACUACUUACAGGCCAAGUUGGCCGCUGGUAUCAUUAAUAUCCCCAACCCAGGCUCCAAUCAGCCUGCCUAUGUUUUGCAGAUUUUCCCUCCGUGUGAAUUUUCGGAAAGCCACUUGUCCCAGCUCGCUCCUGACCUCCUGAACCGGAUCUCCAGCAUCUCACCCCACCUCAUGAUUGUCAUCACCUCUGUGUGAAACCCCUUGGCUGGCAUGAGUUUGGUCUUCAGAUGACAUCAACAGUGAGCCUCAGGAAAAGAAAGGGAAUAUUCUGAAUCGUUUUCCUGGACCCUAUUGGACAUUGUUGUGUGGGGGAGUGGGGGGGAGGAAAUCCCCUAUAUAAGAAAACCUUUGUUUUUUCCCCAUAUCAUUUUGGAUUGACUCCUCUCUGGUAACUAUGUUCUCCUCAGAGGCGCUCGGGGGACGGACCCUACCGGACAAGUUCUCUGCUGUAUCUGUAUUUAUUGGGAGUUUUAUUUUUUAUGUCAGAUACUCUGAAGGACAAUAAUUCAGGACAUUUAAACAGGAAGAAUGAGUGACUAACUGGGUGGCCUUUUUUUUUUUCUUUUUUUUUUUGGUCUUUCGAUGAUUGUCCGGUUCAGUUCUUCACACACUCAAUGAUCAUGGGGGGGCCGCGCUGCGCUGCGAUGGCUAAAUAGACAUUUCAAGGUGUAUUUUUUAAGUACAGUAAUUAUGUGCACACUUCCUUGUCCAGCCUUUCCUUUUUCACAAGAGGAAGAAUUCACUUCUUAAUCUAUGAUUUCUUGAAGAGGACCAUGUCCAUUAAACCGCUCCUUUUCAUUGAACCAGAUCUGCUGUUUCCUCAUCACACUACUGAAGCAGACGAAGCUCUUGGAUCUGCCUUUGCAUCGAACAAGCUAGUUUGAUUUGGGAGUUUUGGCAUACUGGACAUUGUAAAUAUUUUAAAUAUUUAAAGCUUCAAAGUGGAUCUUGGACAGCCUGAUGCCAGGACCCUUCACCUUGUCGACAUGCAGGAAGUGUGAAAUUGUUGAGGGAUAUUGUUGAUUUUUGGGGUGUAAAUACUUGUAACACAAAGAAGGUUGGCAGACUCCCGGAGUUUGCUGAUGGCACUUCACAUUUUGUAACUCGAAAUAAAAAAAAAAGAUCCAGAAAACUUGAAUAUUAAGUUGCAAUCUUUUAUUUCAUGAAUGUUUUGUGCUGGAUCUUGUUGUAUAAAAUGUACAUAAAGUGAAAUUUAACAAAAUUCGAGAUUAAAAUUUGACACUUUUAGAAGGUGUGUAUUAAAGAUUUGCAUCAUUAUUUUUUUUAUGGCUAAUUGGUGCUGCAUUGGACUGAAUCCCAUACUAGUACAAGUGCAUGCACAACUAUGGAAGGAGACAAUACACAACUCUGGGAUAGUCAUGUGAAAACACAUGAAGAUGGGGAAGAUGGUACAGUAAGUUUCCUUUUCUCGUUUAUACAUUGAAAAAUGUACAGGAUAAUAUAUAAAUGACCACAGGCUCAUUUUACACUUGGGGUUUGCUCCUGCUUCAGGUCAACACUGGAGCCGAACAGUGCCACCAGUUGGUCCUCAUACUGGCUGAUGUUCCUCUUCAUGAUUUCCUUACAAGGGCCCAGCAAGCGCUCAAAAGCCUGGAUAUCUAUUACUAUGGAGACGAAAUAAACAAUUAACAGAACUGUCUACAUCUCUUGAUAAUCUAGUCUACAUAAAAUCUGGCAAAAACAAUUGUACGUAUGAGCAACAGCUUUCCGAUUGGGAAACAUUCACCGUCGGUGGUGACUUAAAGUGGCACUACUGGGCCCUAGAUAAUUAGCAGGACCGGAUCACAUAGUCCUGCAAUGUG